AUGCAUGCUAUUCCUCUUAGUAUUGUUUAUCCUAAUGCAUCUUCCAAGGGGGAGAUUCCUCAAGGAACCAAUAGUGACAUUGAGUCUAAUGAUGACCAGCUCAAUCCUAGAAAAAGUAAGGCUUCCUUCUCAGGGGGAGCAAAUGAUGUUGAACUUGGAAGUUCCUCUACCGCUGGUGGUUCUUCAGCCCCUCCUCCCAUUAAAUGCAAAUUAAUAGUUCAAACAAGAAAUGAUGAAUGUCAAUCUAUCAAGCUUGCUCAGAACCUUGCAUUAGCUGAUGCUCAAAAGACCAAUACUCAACAUUUCAAUAUUGAUUUGGCCAAACAAAACAGAGUCUCUAAGUUGGAUGAUCGAACCAAUCGGAGGAAAUUUAGGAAUGUUUUAGGUCAAAGAUACCAACAUGAUCCCAUCAUCAAAUUUAGAUGCACCAAACUCAAGAAUGAAUCUCUCAAAUUGCAUCUGGUCGUGGACAAGGAAGAGUCAGAGUUCUUUAAAAGAAGGAUUGAAGAAGCUUGGAAAUUGGUUGUUAUUCUCUUCAAAGAGUCAUCUCAUUGUGCUCGCCCUCAAGGAGGUUCAAAGAAGAGAUAUUCUUUUAAGUCGUUUAUGGCAUGCAAACCAAGCGUGUAUGAAGAACGUUGUGAUCCAAAGGGCCAAGACCUUAUUUGUUGGGAAAGAAUAUGUCGGACCUUGGGAGAUGGCGCGAUGGCUAAUAUGUCUUGGGAAGAUUUUUUCAAGCGUAUCAACCCAAAGUAUUUUGCUCCUAGUGACAUUGAGAAGAUGGUGGAUAAGUUGUUUGACUUGAAAAAGGUAGAGUUAACCAUGGAUCAAUAUGCAAAGGAGUAUUCAGAUUGGAUGUUGUUUAUUGGGCAUAUCCUUCCGACUGAAAGGGGUCGUAUAUAUUAG